ACCCAAAAAAUUCUCCCGCAGAAGAAAAAAAAUCCGUGUCUAAAUACGCCAAAUUUCUUCCGAUUCCCUCCAUUUCUCAAAAAAAUUCAAACGAAAUUUCUCUCUCAUGGCGGAUUUUGGAGCUCCAACUUUCUCUUUAGGGUUAGAUCUAGAUUUCGAUUCUGAGAUACCUCCUCAAGACAAUAAACUAGAAGCUCCAUACGAACCUCCACCUCCUGAUUCAAUCGAAUUGAGCUCCCAAGAGGAAGAAGUAAAUAUCCAACAGCAAACCCCAAUUCCUGAUGUUGAAGAGUCUCGUCCUGUUCUGAAGCGCCUUAGACGAGGAGGAUCUUCGUCUAAUAAUCAGCAUAAACAAGAAUCUGUGUUUAUAUCUUCAACUGUUGAUGAUGAUAUCGAGGAUUUCUCUUCGCAAGAAGAUAUCCCCAGAGAUACACGUUCAGCUGUACAAAAUCAUUCUGUGGCAAGCACUUCGAAGCUCGCAUUACCUGCUCGCAGACCGUUACCCAGACAAUGGAUGACUAAUCCCAAAGCCAACAAAGAAAUACCAAGUUCGAAGGCUUCAACUUCUAAGAGUUUGGAUGCAAGCGAGAAAAAAGUAAAGUUUCCACUCGGUCCUGUCAGAAGAUUCCCGAUACUUGAUUCUGAUUUUGAUUCAGAUGAUGUGUCUAGUGGAGAAGAUCAACAUGAAGAUGCUCCUGUGGUUGAUUCAUCUAGUAGAAAGAGACAAUUUAGUUCCACCCAACCUGUGGCAGGGCAGCAAAAGAUGGCAAAAUCAGGUAAAAUUGAGGAUUUGUGGAAAGAUUUUACUACCAAAAUCUCUACACCUGCUCUUGAUGAGUUCUGUGAAGAGUACUUCAAGUCUGCGGAGAAUAGUAAUGUAAAUCAGGCAAAGGACAAAGGUGUACAUCUCGGCACCUCCAGACCUUUUUUUCAGAAAGUGGCCAUUAGAGAAACCUUCAAUAAAGAUGGGCAACCUCCUGCUUACCUGUACUUUUACAAUGAUGACCCGAGAAUCCAGAGGUUAGUUCGUGAACGGUUACCUUAUUUUUCUCCCCUUGCUGCAAAGGAGAACCACGUUGACAAGGAAUCUGAAGUAGCAGCCAUUGACUACAUGAGUCAAUUUGGCCACAAAGAAGCUGCCACUCCAAUUUCUGGAAAGGGUAAGAAAAUCCUUGAGAAGACACCAAAAAGAAGCAGGAAGAAUGCGAAAAAAUCAAAUGCUAAAGAGGCAGUACAAGAUUCUGCAAACUGGGUGAAUCCUAAAAGCUCUGCUAACAUCCCAAAGGAUGCUGGAAAGAGGAGAGUUCAGGCGAAUAAUCGUGCUACUGGUCACUGGUAUACGAAUGCAGAUGGAAAAAAGUCUUUCUUCAGAUUUAUGUCAAUAAAAAUGGGCAAGAAUUAUCUGGUCAGAUUGCUUAUAGGCAUCACAAAAAGGAGAAUUGUGGGUUUAAAAAGUCAAGAAAGAAAACUAGUCCAAAGAAGAAGUCGAAACGCUGAAGAUUAAACUCAGACAGUUCUCUCUGCUUUACGGUUACCAUAUCUCAGUUGUCAACAAUGACAAGGGAAACCAAUCGGCGGCAGUAGUUACCAAAACAAGAUUCUAGUUAUGAAAACUAGUAUCAUCACGAAGAAGUGUUUUAAGCCAGAAAGUUCGAAAUAGUAGAGUGAUUUUUAUGGGAAAUAUAAAAAUGGUACGGUUAACUGAAUUCAUGUCUGCUUAUGUUACAGUAAAUCCAAGAAACAUAUCUAUC